AUGGCGACGCGCUACUACUUUGAGAUUGGCCCGCAAAACGUCGUCGUGACUUUUUCUGGGACGCCGACGGUCGCGGAUGCCCGAGAGUUUUUGCAGCCCAAGGGAUACAUCACGGAGGCGACGCCGUUCCAUUGCCCUCACGGUAAGUACUCGUACGAAGUCGACCGCAAGAGCGAAGCC